UAUUUUUGAAGCAACGAGCGCGUGUGAGCUGUGGACAAAUAUAAAUAAAUAGUUACCAAUGAUAAGGCCAACAGCAAAAGAAUGAGCGGCUAUUUUUGGCAACUAGUUACCAUAAGCUCAGCACUCAAAGUGCUGCUUAUUCCCGCUUACUAUUCGACAGACUUUGAGGUGCAUCGCAACUGGUUGGCCAUAACGCACAGUCUGCCGUUGGAUCACUGGUAUUUGGAUGAGACGAGCGAAUGGACGCUUGAUUAUCCGCCGUUCUUUGCCUACUUUGAAUGGCUGCUGUCGCAGUGGGCCAAAUAUGUUGAUCCCCAAAUGCUAAUCGUACAAAAUCUGAAUUAUGCCUCGACGCGAACGGUGCAUUUUCAGCGCAUUUCGGUGAUUGUCAUGGAUGUUAUCUAUGUGCUAGGCGUGCGCUGCUCUCUCUCCGCCAUGGGUGUCGUCCAUGCAACGCAGAAGCACAUUGCCGGCUCCAUGUUUCUGCUGUUGAAUGUGGGCCUGAUUUUUGUGGAUCACAUACACUUUCAGUAUAAUGGCUUCCUGUUUGGCCUGCUCCUGCUGAGCAUUGCGGCAUUGAUGCGACAACGUUAUCUGUGGAGCGCUUUUGCCUUUGCCGUGCUGCUGAACUUCAAACAUAUAUUCCUUUAUAUGGCGCCCGCCUUUGCCGUUUAUCUGUUGAAGUUCUAUUGCCUCGAAAAGCAGAAUUUUGUACAAUCGAUGCUCAAGCUGCUGGCCGUUGGUCUGACACCGUUCGCUCUCUCCUUGGGCCCCUUCUGGCAGCAGUUGCCACAGCUGAUGUCGCGCCUCUUUCCUUUCAAGCGUGGCCUCACCCACGCCUAUUGGGCACCCAAUAUCUGGGCCCUCUAUAACACCGCCGAUAAAGUGGCAGCCAGCGUCUUGGGACGCCAGCCAACUGCUGGUAACAGCUCGACCAGCUCAGGACUCGUCCAGGAAGUGCAACAUCUCGUGCUGCCCACCAUAACACCGUCCAUUACCUUUGCCCUCACUGUGCUAUUCAUGCUCCCCAUUCUGCUGAAGCUCUUCACGUCAUCCAAAGAGCAUGCGAAAUUGGUGUUUAUGCGUGCUGUGGUUCUGUGUGCCUGCAGCUCCUUCAUUUUUGGCUGGCAUGUCCAUGAGAAGGCGAUACUGAUGUGCCUGAUACCGCUGAGUCUGCUUGCUGUUGUGGAUUGUCGGGAUGCAAAAUUUGUAUUCAUACUGUCCGUUGCUGGCUAUUUCUCGCUGUUCCCGCUGCUCUUCGAUGUGGAUCUGCUGGUGCUACGCUAUUCUCUCUAUAUGUCCUACAUGGCCAUGAUGUAUGGCCAAUUGCGGCAAUUAUAUGACAACAAGCUCACCUUUCACCUGUUUGAGUGGAUGUAUAUUGUCGGUUUCAUUGCAAUACCAGUGUAUGAACACAUAAUCAGUCGCCCGCUGGGCUUGCACUUGAGAUUGCCCUUCAUGCCACAUUUACUCACCUCUGUGUAUGCCGCUCUUGGGGUGAUAUAUUUCUAUCUACGAUACUAUAUCUACGCAUUGGACUUCACGUGGCGCGGCUGUCGGAAGCGACGCAACACGCAAAUCAAAUCUAAAAGGAAACGUAAAAUUAAAUAAAUUUGUUUCCUGUUAAAUGCAGUUGCUACUGGUCAUGGAUGAUAUCCCGGAGGGGAAAGUAUUAUAAUUUUUUCACCACAUCUUAGGAAUCCAUCAAGUAUAUAUGCUGAUCGUUGAGCAAUUCUAACUUAAAAUCAGAAAAUAAAAAAAUGUUAUUUUGAAUGAAAGUGAAA